ACCGCCCUCUACCUCCUCUGGGAGAUGUACCGCACCGAGCCCCUCGCCGCCAACCCCUUCGCCGCCGUCUUCGCCCACCUCCUCAACCCCGCUCCCGAGCGCGGCGGCGACGAGGCGGAGCGGACGCCGCUCUCAGGCUUCUUACCUCCCAUAACUCCUCCAGAAAAAUUCUUUCUUUCUCAACUAAUGUUGGCCCCCCCUAGAGAACUGUUCAAGAAGACUCCUCGGCAGAUCGCUUCAAUGGACGUGGGGAACAUGGCCCAGUCAGUGGAUAUAAGUGGGCUUCAGCUGGCGUUAGCAGAACGUCAGUCCGAGUUGCCAACACAGAGCAAGGCCAGCUUCCCCAGCAUUCUCAGCGAUCCUGACCCAGAUUCUUCCAACUCUGGUUUUGACAGCUCCGUUGCCUCCCAGAUCACGGAAGCCUUAGUGAGUGGACCAAAACCUCCUAUAGAAAGUCACUUUCGACCAGAGUUUAUUCGACCACCACCUCCACUCCAUAUAUGUGAGGAUGAGUUGGCAUGGUUAAAUCCAAUAGAGCCAGAUCACACAAUUCAGUGGGAUAAGUCAAUGUGUGUUAAGAACAGCACGGGAGUUGAGAUAAAAAGAAUCAUGGCAAAAGCUUUUAAAAGUCCCUUGACUUCCCCUCAGCAAACACAGCUCCUUGGAGAACUGGAAAAGGAUCCCAAACUUGUUUACCACAUUGGUCUCACUCCUGCCAAAUUGCCUGACCUGGUUGAAAACAAUCCUUUAGUAGCUAUAGAAAUGUUGCUGAAACUGAUGCAGUCUAGUCAGAUAACAGAGUAUUUUUCUGUCUUGGUCAACAUGGACAUGUCCUUACAUUCAAUGGAAGUCGUAAAUCGGCUUACUACUGCAGUUGAUCUCCCACCUGAAUUUAUUCAUCUUUAUAUCUCCAAUUGCAUCUCCACCUGUGAACAGAUUAAAGACAAAUAUAUGCAGAACCGCCUGGUACGUCUUGUUUGUGUCUUUCUUCAGUCUUUAAUCAGAAACAAAAUUAUUAAUGUACAGGACUUGUUUAUAGAAGUGCAAGCAUUCUGCAUUGAGUUCAGUCGGAUACGAGAAGCAGCUGGCCUUUUCAGAUUGCUGAAGACACUAGACACUGGGGAAAAUCCAUCAGAGACAAAAACAUCAAAAUAAAACCACUGUGUCACUGGCAAAAAAAAACCCCAACACCCUGCCAGCAUUCUAUACCAAUUAAUUGUAUAUUUUAAACUUAAAUCACUGGAUUAAUGAUGUAAUACAUUAUAAAUAGCAAUUUUAAGCAUGUAAACAAUAAAUAAUGCUUUUUCUGAUACA